AUUUACAUGCUACAUUCCGAUAACACUCCCAAUGGCUAGAUCGCUAGACAAAGUCCACAAGAAGAUUUCGAAGAAGAGAGGUGGAAAACCCAACAGUUUGCACGAGAACAGUCGAGAUGCCCAAAGAUUACGAACGGCCAGUGCACGAGAGGAUAAACUCUCCCGCAUGAUGGAUGCAGCGGCCAAGUCAAACCAGGUCUAUGUGGAUAGGGUGGAAUGGUUUAAAUCUGCCCUGCAAGGAUCAAGCGGACCACUGACGGAGGAGGAAUUGAGAUUAUUAACUCAAAGUUUCAUUGACCGCGAAGAUGUCGAGUUGGAGGAAGCGCGACAACAAAGAAGACCUGGACGACCAAAACUCAAAGCUGAAGAACAGAUCAUGCAACGCAAGGAUACGGAAGAGCGAGAAUUCAAAGCAGGAUUCUGGGUACCCGAGCUCCGAGACGAGGAGAGUCGCAUCAAGGUGGAAAGAUGGAGUGGGGACUGGGCAGGCUUGAACACACUUGCAUUCGUUCGCAUUGUGAGAAAUGGCCCCGUCAAACCGUCGAGCUUUCCUCCAAAAGGCCUAUCAUGAUUCCAUGCAGAUUGAAUGGGAGUUAUGGCGUUGUGUGUCUAAAAGCAUUGGUGUUCCUGUCGAAUGCUAAAGUUUUCACGAGCGACACUUGGUAUAGCAGAAGAGCCUCUUGAGCAACCCCCCGGCUUGGCCACAUAACCGCAUGGAGUUCUACUGUAGAUAUACAUAUAAAUUUGAACGAAAGCA